UUCUCUCUGCAUGUUUAUGGUUUCAGUUAUUUCAUAGUUGGCUUAGAUGUGCUAUCUAUGUGAUGGGGAUUUUACAGCAUGUACAACUUCUAAAUAUACUUUUAUUAGGUUUUUUGGAACUUAAAGCUGAGACACAGACACCCUGCAAAAACUUUAAUGCUGGCAGCAUCAACUCUGCACAGGGUGACAAUGUAUCUAUUUCUUGCCAUACCACAACCCUUCACUCAAAUACAUUUAGUGUAAAACUACGCAGAACCAACCCAGAUGAAGUCAUCCUACAGUAUCCAAAUCCAGCAUCACAGCUUCACAGAUGGUCUGUAAGAACUGAUGCUGGACAUGUUAUACUUGAUCUUCAAAAUAUCACUUUACUCGAUUCUGGCCAAUACCAAUGUGUGGUGAACAGGAGUUUAGGGUGUACCACAACUAAACUGUCACUGAGGGUCAAAGAGUGUAAAGUCCUGGACCCAGUUUGGACAACUGAAAAGUCUGCAGUUACGCUAACCUGCCCUGAACAUUUAAACGUUGAGUGGGAAGUUAUUAAUGGUGACCAAUCAACAGAUGUAAAUGAAUAUUCAUGCAAGCACUCAGACAGCAGAAACGGUGCACCGAAGCCUCUGUGUGAGAGACUAAGAAUAAAUGGAUCUCUCAUCAUACGUAAAGUGGUAAACACUGAUGCACAAUGGUAUCGGUGCAGAGUGAAUAAAAUGCACUGCUAUGACGUAAAGCUGCACGUUAAAGGUCAUGAGACAUCUGAUUCCACAACAGCAGUGCAAGUCACAGUUCUCACAAAUGCAUCAGCCUCUACUGUUAGUGUUGCUAGACAUAGUGAGGGCGACUGGAGCUCAACUGCAGCAGUCUCUGUAGGAUCUCUGUGUGUCAUCAUAACCUUGAUCGUGUUUGGGAUUUUGUAUCUGAAAAAACCAACAAGCGAAACAAGCAGCAAAUCUGAAUUAAGCCAGAUCUCCUAUCUUCUUCAGGAUUCUGUAAAUUUCUCUCAGAUUUCAAAUGUUGGUGCUGAACAAACAGAAGUUGCAUACAUCCAGCAGCCUGUAACAAAAUGUAGUUCUUCUUAAUAUGUUUCCACUUUAUUUUAACAUUCAAGACUCUUUGUGUACUGUAACUUCUAACUUACUAAUGCUAAAGCUGUAAUAAAGGACAAAAAACUGUCCUCAACUGAUGUUCUAGUUCCACUCUUGGAUGUUUGGAAUGAUAUCAUGAAUAUAUUAUUUGACUUUAUGUGUGAAACUGAUGGUGUUUUUAUUCAAAAUGUCAUUGUAUGACAGAUAAUCUCCUGCAAGUAUUACCGUAUGUCACAAAAGUGAGAACACUCUUCACAUUCCAGCAAAUAUUUUAAUAUUUUUAAAUGUGGCUAUAUUUUAGAAUAGUCAAUGUGUCUAAAGGCCUAUAAAGUGGUAAGAUUUUUUUUUUUUUUGAGCCUGAUGAAACCAACUAUGUAACUUUGGUACACUAUCAAAAAUACCUUCAUGAAACAAUAUGCAAACAUUUCUUAAAUGUUGAUCCUGUCAAAAGUCAAGACUUAAAAUUCACACCCACAAUGCACACAUAGUGUAAGCCAGUACUAAUCCUAUUUUAUUAUUGCUUAAUAUCAAUUGUCAACCCAAUUUACUUAUAGUUCAAGCUAUUUUGAAUAGGACUUAUUGUCCACUUCUCAGAAUUUUGUAGUCCCACACAGCUGGAUGACCUUGACGCUACAAAUACACUUUGUUUCUUUC